AUGGAGUGUCUUCUUAUCGAGGUGCAUGACCUUGUUAGCGCUAUCGCAAACGCGCUAGCCGCGACCGCCCGCCCUAUGGAUGAUCUACUCACACCAGUGAGUAUAGUCUAUAAAAGACAAGAGCAAAAGGAUGAAAAUGCUCUUAUUGAGGUUUCUACCUCUUCACCAUUAAUCCAGCCAGUCAAGAAGACCCAUUCAAAUCCUAUACACACAUCAAGCGCUGAACAAGCAUUGGAAACGCUGAAAAAUCAGCCCAGUUUUGAUGACUUGAAGUCGGCUCUGAAAUUUCUUGACGAUGAAACAGAUUUUAGUAUUACUUCUCCGGGUCCCCUGGCUUCUCAGUUGGUACAUGUUUUGGUGUCUGAAGUCACACCCAACUACUGGAGUAUUUUUCAUGAGUCAGGCAGCAAGGCCAGAAACAACAAGCAAUCUCCUAUUUUCAAAUCACUGCUUAAAUCAAUUCGAAGUACAACCGGUAUUAAUGCUAUAUUACUGAAUUUAAAGCGACUCGCGCAGCAAUCCAAGGAGACUAAGAAGAAAAUAGGAGGUUCAAGUAUCGAAGAGAGUCUGAAGAUACAGCUGCAACUUUGUGUUGAGGUUCUUGAAGGGGAAAGCACCAUCGAAAAGCUCUGGAACACUAUCACCAGUUCAUCUGAUGUCCCCAUCAAGCAGAGAGCUCUUUUCAACGAGUUCUUAGCCUUGAUAGGAAGUGGAAAGAUUAUUGGUAUCACUGCGGAGGCCGAAGCAAUCUCUAAUGAACUCAGUAAACAGCCAAAUGACAAGUAUUGGGUUGCCGAUGGAGGCUCCUAUAGCAGAUGGCUGGGUCAAAAUAUCAUCUUCUGGUUGAAAGUCCUGCCACAAGACUCCGAGCAAGCAUGGAAGAGCUGUAACGAACUCUUUGGGAAGUGUCUUAGGCUUGGUCAUAUUGAUAAUAUUGCCAAAGAGGUUUUAGGGUCUCUACUCCUACAAAAAGAAGAAGAUUCAGUAAAAUUCUUGAAGCUGUAUGGAUACCUUCCAAGCUUCGAACAACGGAAUCUACUUUAUACAUUUCUAAAUCUACUUUCACGGGAUAACCUAUCAUUGGAUAUCACAUCGGAGGAUGAUGAGAAGUGGUGGCAAGCAGAUGCAGUCAUCGUAUCAGCAGCGUCUAAGCUCAUUAGCAUGCUAAUCGCUGAUCAUGAGUCGCGGAAAGAUCAUCUGAUAUCUUGGUUGACGAACUCCUCAGGGGCUGGUAUAGGCGAAGGUGUGGCAAUCCGACGUGCUGCAAUCGCAUCCCUCUCAAAAAGUAAGAAGGAUAUGGAAAGUAUAUUGGAAAGAAGUUUGAGCCAAUUUGGUGAUAAUUUGUAUAUUAGACAUGCGCCUACCUUGCAACAAGAAGUACAUGCUCAAGUUCUCCUCCUGUCUGCCGGAUACGUUUGUAGAUUGUCGCCUCUUCGACUUGCGAUGAUCAUGAGGUCGGGUUCUCAUUUGAGUGUUGUUUCAAAUAGAUUAGCUGCAUCAUCACCUCGAGCACGCUUUUUGGGUAUGGUUAUUGGAGAAGCUAUGUCUAGUUUAGUCGAUAAAGGAGAUAAAAUGAUGGAUUUUAAGAUUGAAGAUACGAAAACUUCCGAGGCAAAAUGGUACAAGAGUUUGGUAAACGUAUCAGAUACAAUUGGCAAUCUCGAGCCUCUCAAGUCGACGUUUGUUCCAAAAGUAUCGAAAACAACAAAAGCUGCAAAGGCAAAGUCAGCGUCAAAAUCAAACCCCCUCAAAGGAAAUUCUAAAAUCAUCUCCAUUGAAGAAAUUGAAGAUGACGACGAGGUCGAAUCUGAUGACGAUGGACUUACUCCUUAUGCCAAGCCUGAUUCCGAUGUCGAAGACUCUGAUGAAGAUCCAACGCUUAUCAUCAGAAACAAACCAACAGCUCCCGUCUAUAUUCGUGAUCUCAUCACCUAUCUAAGAGAUACUGAAAAUUACGAUCGUCAAAAACUAGCACUUUCCACUGCAGCUUCCUUGAUACGGCGUAAAGCCAACUUUGGCGCAGAGGUCAGUUCUCACGCGGAAGAGAUCGCAACUCUUCUUGUUGGUUUGCAAGACAAAUAUGAUAUUGAGAACUUCCAAGAAAUGCGUUCACAAGCUAUGAUAGCCAUCCUCAUUGCACUACCAGAGAAAAUGGGCCAAUGGUUUUCGAAGACAUUCUUUGAUGGCGAUUACUCUCUAGCUCAGCGUGCUGCUGUUCUUACCACACUCGGUCUCGGAGCUCGGGAGCUAGGUGGCCAUGGUUCUGAAGACAAGUCUCUCGCCAAUGCCACUGGCUCAUCUUUAUCUUCAUCGUCGUUUCCUUCAAAAAAGCUCCCAGAAGCAAUGCACAAAUACUAUUCUCCGUCCCCUUCAAAACCUGCUCUUACUGCUCUUAGCGCAACCGGAAACCCCGUCGAAGCCCUAACCAGCAGCCUGCAAAAAACUUUCCUCGCGCCUCUUGCAGCCCAAACAGCCGACAGCUUAAGCGGUCCAAAUAUUCUUAAAGUCCGCACUUUCUCCUCGCGUCUCGAGGUCGAGAAGAAGCGUAAAAAGCCUAUCUCGAAUGCCCUUGCCAAAAUUGUCUCUACCUCAUUCUUCUUCCCCUUAACCGGUCGCUUUUUCAUUCAUCUCAAAGCCUACGGUUCAAACUCUUCUUCCAACAUCGCUUUCCAACCCUAUCUCCUCAGUCUCUUUCUCAAAACCCUUAGUAUAAUCCUCCACUCUUCGGGACAAUCAACACUAAGUCUUCCACAAAUGACGAGCGAGUUUUGGGAUUUAUGUCUUGGUUUAAGAAUACAAGCGAUGACAGAUACGGUGGUGCAAGAAGCGCUAUUGUUUUCUUUUAUGACGAUUUUGGAGAUUAAUGAUGGAGAUCUUAGGGGUCUGGCGGAAAGACAUGGGCGGGAAUUAUUGGAGACGAGGGAGUGGGUUGAAGGGGUUUUUAAAGGGAUUGGCGCGGGGAGUGAGGAAGAUGAGAAGAGGAGAUUACUUGCUGCGGGCGUGUUGGUCAGAAUUGGGGAGUGUGUGGAGAAGUGGCAGAGGCUUAUGGUGGGGGAUGUGGUGGGGUUUACGUAG